GCGAGGAGCGGCGUCUCGCCUGCGGUAGAGCCGGCGGCGAAGGAGAGGCGGAGGGGCUGCGGCAGAAAAGACAGUGUCUGAGCCGGUUCGGCUUUAGAGUGUGGUGAAGGGUACUUUUCAUGGUGCAUGGAAGGAAAGCCAAUGCGCAGGUGUACCAACAUUCGACCAGGAGAGACUGGAAUGGAUGUAACAAGCCGCUGCACCCUUGGAGACCCCAACAAACUGCCCGAAGGGGUUCCUCAACCUGCCCGCAUGCCCUACAUCUCAGACAAGCAUCCUCGACAAACCUUGGAAGUGAUUAACCAUCUGAGAAAGCAUCGAGAGCUAUGUGAUGUGGUGCUAGUUGUGGGUGCUAAGAAGAUAUAUGCCCAUCGAGUCAUUUUGUCAGCCUGUAGCCCAUACUUUAGAGCUAUGUUUACAGGAGAAUUGGCAGAGAGCCGUCAAACAGAAGUAGUGAUCCGAGACAUAGAUGAGAGAGCCAUGGAGCUACUGAUUGACUUUGCGUAUACCUCCCAGAUAACUGUGGAAGAGGGUAAUGUUCAGACCCUCCUGCCAGCUGCCUGCCUCCUCCAGCUGGCAGAAAUACAAGAAGCCUGCUGUGAAUUCUUAAAAAGACAAUUAGAUCCUUCUAACUGCCUAGGCAUUCGGGCUUUUGCUGACACACAUUCAUGUCGUGAGUUGCUAAGGAUAGCAGACAAAUUCACUCAACAUAACUUUCAAGAGGUGAUGGAAAGUGAAGAGUUUAUGUUGCUUCCAGCCAAUCAACUCAUUGAUAUAAUAUCUAGUGAUGAGCUAAACGUUCGAAGUGAAGAACAGGUGUUUAAUGCAGUGAUGGCCUGGGUCAAAUACAGUAUUCAAGAAAGGCGACCUCAACUACCCCAGGUGCUGCAACAUGUUCGCCUCCCUUUGCUUAGUCCCAAGUUCCUGGUGGGCACAGUAGGCUCUGAUCCUCUCAUCAAAAGUGAUGAAGAAUGCAGAGAUUUGGUAGAUGAGGCUAAAAACUACCUCCUCUUGCCUCAAGAACGACCACUGAUGCAGGGACCAAGGACAAGACCUCGGAAGCCCAUCCGUUGUGGAGAAGUGCUCUUUGCAGUUGGUGGUUGGUGCAGUGGGGAUGCCAUUUCCAGUGUGGAACGAUACGAUCCACAGACUAACGAAUGGCGAAUGGUGGCUUCCAUGAGCAAGAGGCGGUGUGGAGUUGGGGUCAGUGUUCUUGAUGACCUGUUAUAUGCUGUAGGAGGCCAUGAUGGAUCCUCUUAUCUUAAUAGUGUUGAAAGAUAUGACCCCAAAACCAACCAGUGGAGCAGCGAUGUGGCCCCAACAAGCACCUGCAGGACCAGUGUGGGUGUGGCAGUGCUCGGAGGCUUUCUCUAUGCAGUGGGUGGCCAGGAUGGUGUAUCUUGCCUCAACAUUGUUGAGAGGUUGGAGCGCUACAACCCUCAGGAAAACAGAUGGCACACCAUAGCCCCUAUGGGGACCCGGAGGAAACACUUAGGCUGUGCUGUGUAUCAGGACAUGAUCUAUGCCGUCGGAGGUCGAGAUGACACGACAGAGCUUAGCAGCGCGGAGAGAUACAACCCCAGAACCAACCAGUGGUCUCCAGUGGUGGCUAUGACAUCCCGCCGUAGUGGAGUUGGCCUGGCCGUGGUGAAUGGACAGCUCAUGGCAGUAGGAGGUUUUGAUGGGACAACGUAUUUGAAGACCAUUGAAGUUUUUGAUCCUGAUGCCAAUACAUGGAGGCUAUAUGGCGGGAUGAAUUAUCGUCGACUAGGGGGUGGUGUAGGAGUUAUUAAAAUGACACAUUGUGAGUCUCAUAUAUGGUAAACAUCUAGAAGACAGUCCUGUAUCUGCUUCUCGUGUUCUGGAGAGCUUUGGAACUUUGUACAACUCAAGAAAACAUUACAACAAAUUUUAUUCUUUGCUGGUGCCUCAAACUAUGGACAUCGAUGUACAAUGAAAGUACUUCACCUUCAAGAUGCCACCUUUGCACAAUUGUUUUCAUCCCUGGAGAAGAAUAUUUAUUUUUUGUUUUAAUUUAUCAUGUAUUUUUUGUACUUAUCCUUUCUCCCACCAAAAAAGGGAGGAAAGCAAACGAAGAAUAAAAUUCCAAGCAGGCAAUCCUACUUUUUAAGGUAUUGGUUACAUAUGAAAAUACUGAUAAGGGAAGGCAAUGUAUGAGCUAGGAUUGUUAUUUCUAGGCACUCCACCCAUAAGACUCCACGACUUAGAAGGAUUGCCAACAACAAUUGUAGAUAUGUAAGAUGUUUUAGGUAGACAUCACUCUUGCACUUAAAACACCAGAAGACUUAGAAAUCUUUUUUUUUUUAAAGGAACCAUCUCAUAUUCAGGCACGCAAGUCAAAAGAAAUACUACAUCAGGACACGGUUUUUAUCAGUGGAAGUUAAGUUUUGUUUCCGCUGAUUUUAUGAACCUUAAUGUUUUCUGCUCUAUUUAAAGUCUGUUUUUCAGAAUAUUCUCAGAGUUUCUGCUAAAUCUAGGGCUGUGCUCAGUGCCUCUUAAAAAAAAAAAAAAAAAAAACAUGCUGUCUGGAGAAUCGCCCCCCAAAAAACCAUUUGCAGCUCUGCAAGAGUUUGUGUUCAGAAGCAUUACCAACUAAAGCCACUCUCCUUCCUAUUUCCACAUUGCAACCAAGGACCAGCAUGGAGAACCGUGCUCUCCCAUCAGUGAAUACUGUUCUACAAGUCUUCACACUUGAUGCUCAGGCCUGGUGAAGCCGAAGCUUACCUUUAAUGACGGCCUCCAACGGCCAUUAUGAAGUCUUCAGUUCAGACUAUGCAUAUAAACCGACUGAGGCAUUCAUACUAUCUUGGGUUUUUUUUAUACAAACUGUAUCAUCUUAAUUCUACAAGGCUAUUGCUACUGCUCUCAAAUUGCACUUUCUGGUGAAAAGUUUAAGAUUUUAUGAAAAAAAUCGUAGUUAAAAGCUUUGUUUUGUUCAUUGUGUUCAUAGACCAAUUCUCUUCCAUGUAUUUUGCAGGAAAAUGUUUGAAUAAAAUUAAUCACAACCAAAA